GAGUCCAGAGAGAGUCCAGUCAGCAAACUAAACAGGAAAGAGAACUCUCAAAGCUGCGCUGUAGCUGAUACAGAUGCAGAUCUAGGAGUUAGUGGCAGCGCUAGCAGGAUAGAAUUUAGUCAGCAAGUGGCAAAGCUUCACGAAUAUUCAGCUUCAGCAUGAGUGACAUUGUAUACAUUGUGGUGCCCAUUGUCGUGGUAGUGGUACUGUUGAAGGUGUGUCUCAUCUGUUGGCGAGUGUGGGCCUGUCAGCAGAGGCAACAGAGGUUGCCGAUAGUCCACCAGCCACCGACUAGGGUGGUGGUCAGGGGGCAGAGAGUGCGUGGACCUGCAGUGGCCAGAGUGGUAAGAGUGGAGAGGUGUGUCACAAAUGACGGCUCCUUUGCUCAACGCACCUCGUACGCGGUCAACCAAUCUGGUCAACCGCAACGCCAGUUCCAACGGACCGUUGUGAUCCGUCCAGCUGAUAACAGACGUCCCAAUGAUCCCAACAUGCCUCCCUCUUACGAUAUGGCCAUAACAGGAAAGGACAAAUCCGUUGCAGUUGAAAACGGCCCCAGAGCUGACCCCACCCUUCGUACGGAGGAGACCACACCCCCUCUAAGUGUCCCGUCUUACGAGCUGUCUAAUCCACCGGCCUACUCGAGUGUCCCCCGUGCCCCACCCACUCUACCCACGGCACUAGAGGAGGAGGAGGAGGACGUUGCUGUUGACGACACGACCAGGCUCCUCUCAUAAACCAUGCACAUUAUUCAGUAUUGUUAUGUUUAUAUAGCACAGCACAUACAUCAGGAGUGUAUGAAUAGUUGGAACUUGUUAUCUAAUUUUGUUGAUUUGAUUUGCCUUUUUUAUCAUCAUAAUUGUGUUUAAAUUUUGCAAUGAUACUUCGAUUAAUGAAUUAAGAA